AUUUGUUCUGUGAAUCCGAUACGCUUUCGGUGGCAGUGGUUAACAAUACGUCAGUUAGCUCGUACUAUGCUACCACCACCGAGUCUGUCGUGGAUACACCAGUUAAAAUCGCUACCAAAGGCACGAUUGCGCUCGCCGUUGCGUCCAAAUGUCAAUAAUUUGGCAUCCGAACUAAAAUCUUUGAAAUUGAAUUCACCAAAUCUACCUCCCUGUCAAUCGACACCGAGUAGGAGUGCUAGGAAGGCUGCGAAAAUCCCCAGUAUUUCUCGCGAAAUGUCUGCCGAAAUAGAAGAGGCCAAAAAUGACUUCGAGCAUUUCUCGCAUUUAUUUUAUGGGGAAUGGCGAUUUCAGACGUGCUCAUAUUUGGGACAAGCCUGUUACUGGCCUGGUGGAUUGAAAAACAGGGAACCGGACUGGAGCACGGCAUAUUACUUCAAUGAGGCAAUGUUUAUAAGUACGAGGCAGCUCGCUCGUGCCAUCGUUGGAGAUUCUAAGGAAAAUUAUGCGUACCAUUUUGAAAACGUCGAAAAAUUCAAAGAGGCUGUUCGUAGGUUGCCAGCUGAUUUGACGGUGAUACAGCUUUUCUUGGAUUCCAAACGGAUCUUGUGGUUAAUCAAACUCUAUCACGACCGGCCACCCCUGGUUGUUCCAGUUGCUUCGGUCGCAGAGGAUAAUGCACUCUUGAAUCGUUUUAUCAAUUUUCUGCUAGAGAAUGAAGCAUCGGGGAAUUUGGGCAAAACAUCAAUUGAUCCAAAGGAGUUUUGGACGAUCAGAAGGCAGCUGGACAGUAAAUUAAAGAGUUUGAUUGAUGAUGUGGAAGCAGAUUGGUUCGGAAUUUUCGCCUUUCUACUAUUACCGUGCACUGCUCCAAACGCUGUUUGUUCGGCAAUUAUGAAAGAAAUACAAACGCUUGGGUUUUCAGAAACAGCGGCAGCUGCAUUGGUGGAAAAUCUAAAUAUGCGUGCAGCUGAUUGGAGAGAAUUAGUGAAGCGAUUUGCGGCUCUAGAGGAAUUUGGUGAUCCUGUCGUGCAAUAUCUGUAUAAUUGUCGAAAUCGCUGGAUAAAGAAAUACAAAAAGGGCUCAUUCAUCCGCCAUCUCGACGACAGCUAUGUUUUAUUCUGUGUCACACCGGAAUUAUCUUCAUUUCCAUUCGAAAUGUUACCAGUGGUAGAAUCACAUCAACGCAUCUGUAGAAUAUCAUCAUUUCACAUAUUCCAAAAGCUUCUUUCUAACUCGAAAGAGGUUUAUAUUUAUUUAAAAAAGGCGAAUUCUGUUCUGAACUUGCCAUAA